GGACCUGCAGAGCCUGUCCUGGCCUUGGAGGGGGGAGACACUGAGAUGUCCUGUCACCUGAACCCUAAGAAAAGUGCUGAGUUUAUGGAGCUCAGUUUUCUGUGAUUGGACCUGCAGAGCCUGUCCUGGCCUUGGAGGGGGGAGACACUGAGAUGUCCUGUCACCUGAAUCCUAAGAAAAGUGCUGAGUUUAUGGAGGUGAGGUGGUUCCUAUUCCAGCCUUCUAAUGUCGUGCACCUGUACGAUAGUGGAGUUGAGCUGUUUGGAGAACAGAUGCUCAUCGCUGGGGGUCUUUAUCUCAUCUGGAAACACCCCAGGGACAAAGAGAAAUUCCUAUUGGAGCUCAGGCAGACACUGGAAGAAUUAUGCUGCAGUAAGUGACCCUAACAUGCUCUGUGAUAACUGGUCCCUCCCACUUCGGAGGUCCAAGCCCUCCUUGGCUUCUGCCCUGACCCCCAGACCCAGGGUCCCUUCCAGAACCCUCUGCGGCCUCUUCACCCUCCAUUCAUUCAUUCAUUGAUUGAAGUGUAUUUUUUGAGCGCUCA